AUGAUUAUAUGGAUCAUCGGUAAUCAAGUUCAAGCCGAAUGUCAAAAUGAGACAUCAGAAUCUAUAUUUGUUUAUCGACGUGUUUGUUAUUUUGCAAAUUGGGCAGCUAAACGAUCCGAUAAUAUUAGUCGUUUAACUCCCGAAGAAAUAGAUCCAUUUUUAUGUACACACAUUAAUUUUGCUUUCGGUAAAGUACUUGAAAGUUUAACAAUAGCACCGAGUGAAGAAGAUGACAUCAAAGGAUGGACUUUAAAUUCUAAAGGCAUGUAUGAACGUGUAAUAAAACUUAAAGAAACAAAUCCUGAUCUACGUGUCUUAUUGAGUGUUGGAGGAUGGACACAUGCCUCUCGUGGAUUUAAUGAUGUAUCGAAAAAUGCUGCGAAUAUUAAAACUUUUGCAGCCAAUAGUAUAAAAUUUUUAAGAGAUAAUAAAUUUGAUGGAUUGGAUUUAGAUUGGGAAUAUCCAGGUGCAAAAGAUCAAGGCGCAGAACCUCAUACUAAAACUGGUUAUACAAAAUUAGUCAAAAAAUUAAGUGAAAUGUUUCAGCAAGAAGCUGAACAAACCGGAAAAGAAAAAUUAUUACUUACAUGUGCUACAGCUGCUGCACGCCAUCGGAUUGAAGCUGGCUAUGAAGUUUCAGAACUUUGCAAAUCUUUUGAUUUUGUCUCAGUCAUGACUUAUGAUUAUCAUGGUAGUUGGGAAGGUAAAACGGGACAUAAUAGUCCAUUGUAUGGAAUGAGUAAUGAUAGAAAGAAAUUUCGUGAAUGGAAUAUUAAAGGUUCAAUGCAUGUGUGGUCCGCAUUAGGUUGUCCAAAAGAAAAACUUAACAUUGGCCUUUCAGCUUAUGGAAGAGCUUUUACAUUACUUCGAGAGCCUGGUGUAAAAAUUCGUAAAUCAAAAGAAAAGAAAAAAUCACCGAUCGGACUCAAAGCAGGUGCUGCUGAAGCUGGAAAAUAUACACGUGAAGCAGGUGUUCUAUCUUAUUAUGAAAUAUGCGAAUUGAUUGAGCAAAAUCCAAGUAAUCGUGUAUUGUGGCAUCAAGAAAUGAGUGUUCCAUAUGUGUCCAGUGAUACACUAUGGAUUGGUUACGAUAAUGUUCGAAGUGUUAAACUAAAAAUGAAAUUUUUAAAAGACCAAGGUUAUGGCGGAGUGAUUAUCUGGUCGUUGGAUCUAGAUGAUAAAACAGGUGACUUUUGUAAGGAAGGCCCAUUCCCAUUAAUCAAUGCAGUGAAAAAUGAACUAUCAAUUUCACCGAAUCAUGUAUCUAAUACAAAUACAAAAUGUUUCGAUGACAAUAAUACAUUAGUAUUAUUAUUCGAAAAUAUUAAUUCUCAAUCAACAACAAUAACAGUAGUAUAUAAGAAUUUUUUCUUUUUUCUUCUACUUGAUGCUAUGGAUGAUAUAAAUAAUCGUAACAAUGAAUAUAUCAAAGCAGAACUUGUAACAAAAUUAUUAAAACAUUUUUUACCUGAAGAUAGAUCAUCGCGUUUAUCAAGUGAUAUGGUAAAAUAUUUCACCGAAUUAAUAUUUCAAUUUAUACAUCAAGCAUUUACACGUACAAUUCAACAGGCAACAUCGGAAGGAACCAUUCAUGUUGAUAUUCAACAUUUCGAAAAAAUCCUUAUGCAAUUAUUACUUGAUUUUUGA